GAAACGGCAGGGUAGGCUCGAUGGGCUGAAUGGUCUACUGUUGUUUUGACUCCUACAGGUGGAUUCCGAUGAUCUGGCCAGUCAAUCUGAUAGAUUAGAAAGAUGGAGACAUGUGCUAUUAUCACUGGGGUGAACCUCAUUCCUGGAUUCUAUAUUAAAUCUGUCUUCACCCAAUAACUGAAGACGGAAGGUUUUAAAAAAGACUUAAUGCGCCUGCGCAGUCCCCGCUCGCUGGUUCAUGUCUCGGAUUUCCACUGUCUGUCCUGCGCGACUCUCGCUCCAUUUCUCGGCGAGUGAUUGCACACGUCUGUGUCACGAGGGAAGAUGGCGGACAAAACCGAGGAUUUGAGUAGCGCCGCGGCUGAGACGGACUGCAAAACCGAGCCGCCCUCGUCACCUACUGCAAGUGGCCGGGGCUUGGAGGAAGGCGGUUGGUCGACUCCCAUCUUAUCCCUGGCUAGGAAAGCGUCAGAGACCCUCUCGGCGAACUACGGAAGUGCUCUCAAGUCAGCAGCCGUGGGAUUCGCGGUCAAAGCGAGCGGCAGUGACAACCCGAUCAGCAAAAAUGUUAAUGAGCAUAUGAAAAAUGAACGAGUCAACCUCAUGAAUAUGAUGAAACUGAGUAUCAAAGUGCUUAUUCAGUCUGCAUUAAGCCUGGGAAGAACUUUAGACGCAGAUUUCCCUCCUCUUCAGCAGUUUUUUGUGGUCAUGGAGCAAUGCCUCAAACAUGGGCUGAAAGUAAAAAAGACUUUCCUUGGCCCAAACAAGUCAUUUUGGGGUCCUCUAGAGGUGGUGGAAAAACUUUGCCCUGAAGCUGCUGAAAUAGCAACUAGUGUUCGAGACCUGCCAGGGCUAAAAACUGCUGUAGGAAGAGGAAGAGCAUGGCUUAAUCUUGCUUUAAUGCAGAAGAAACUAGCUGAUUAUUUGAAGGCCUUGCUUGAUCGGAAAGAUUUGCUAAGUGAAUUCUAUGAUCCUAAUGCACUGAUGAUGCAUGAUGAAGGAGCGGUCAUUGUUGGUCUACUGGUGGGCCUUACAGUUAUUGAUGCGAAUCUUUGUUUAAAAGGAGAAGACUUGGAUUCUCAGGUGGGAGUGAUUGACUUCUCGCUGUAUCUUAAAGAUGGAGUUCAGGAUAAUGCUGACUGCCGACAGGACACUGAACUCACUAAAAUUCUGGAUCAGAAACAUUAUGUGGAAGAACUCAACAGACAUUUGAGUGGUACAGUUUCUGAUCUACAGACAAAGCUGGAUUCAUUAGAAAAAACUAAUGCAAAACUAAUGGAAGAGCUUGCAGCAGCAAAUGAUAGAAUUCAGUCACUUCAGGAGGAGCAGAAUCAACUGAAGCAAGAAAAUUCAUCAAUCCUUGAAACAAGUGAACGUAGAGUAGAGGUGAGCAGACAAGAUUCUGAAGUAGAACUGGAAACAUACAAACAAACUCGUCAAGGUCUAGAUGAAAUGUACAACGAUGUCUGGAAGCAACUGAAAGAAGAGAGAAAAAUUCGAACGGAACUGGAGAAAGAAUUAGAACUACAGAUGAGCUUGAAGCAAGAAAUGGAAAUAGCCAUGAAGCUACUGGAGAAGGACACACAUGAGAAGCAAGACACGUUAGUAGCUCUCCGACAACAGUUGGAAGAAGUAAAGGCUAUCAAUUUGCAGAUGUUUAACAAAGCUAAGAAUUCUGAGGGGGCAGCGCAGCAGAAGGCUGAAAUGAUAAACACUCUGGAGCGAAAGACUAAUCAAAUGAUUGAUGCCACAAAGCAAAUGGAGGAAAGAUUGCAACAGUCUGAACAAACUAGGCAGUUAGCAGAAGAGAAAAAUCGAAAAAUUGAGAGAGAAUUUGCAAGCAAGAUUGAGAAUCUCCAGCAGCAGCUCAGUGAAUUGGACAAACAACGGAAGAGGUUCAGUCAUAUGUGGAGCAAAAUGGGACUUGCACUACACUCCACGUUGGAUUCUGAACUUAAAGCUGAGAAGGAACAAAGACAAAGUCUUCAGCAGCAGUUGCAACAAGAGAGGGAUGUAACAUCUCAGUUGAAAGCUCAACUGUUGCAGAAGUCUGGCUUAGAGAAGGAAAUGCAGACAUUGCAAGAUGAGAAAAAAGAACUCCACAAGAUCUGUGAAGAACAGGAACAGGCGCUACAAGAAAUGGGACUCCAUCUUAGUCAAUCAAAAUUGAAAAUGGAGGACAUUAAAGAGGUCAAUAAAGCAUUAAAGGGAAAUGCCUGGCUGAAAGAUGAUGAAGCAACAUCCUGCAAACAAUGUGAGAAAGAAUUUUCAAUCUCAAGAAGAAAGCAUCACUGUCGAAACUGUGGUGAUAUCUUCUGCAACAACUGUUCUAGCAAUGAGUUGGCACUUCCUUCAUAUCCUAAACCUGUGCGGGUCUGUGACACUUGCCAUACGCUACUACUACAGAGGUGUUCUUCAAAUGUUUCCUGAAUUCAACUGAAUUUAUAACCAGCCAUUAGUGCUAGCUUUUUUGUUUUGAAGCUCUACUGCAUCAGUAAAGCUGCUAAAGAAAUUAGGUUCUAUAUGCCAAUAUCUCUUUCUGGAACUCAUCUGAAUAUUUUCAUGUAACUGGACAAAUUGAAGGGCUUGCAUUAACUUAUUGACCAAAUUGCAACUUAAAUUGAAUAUUAGAAUUGUAAUCAAAAUGUUGAUAAUUCACUCAAGGUAAUACACAAUCUUUAUUACAAAAUCUGUCCAGAAUAUAUUUUAUUCUUGAUAUAAAAUUGUUUUUUCCCUUUCUUUUCAUCUCCCCAAGAAUACUUUUAAUUGUGUAGGCCAUUAUUACACUACCACCAACUGAUGUAAUUCCACUUACUUAUGGUCAACAAAAUUGAUUAUGUUGGUUGAAGUUAGAAUUAUUUUUCAUGUUUGCAGUGCCAUAAUGUAUUUGUAUUUCAGAGCUAUUUUUAUGGCUUCAUGUGCCUUUGUUCCAUAACACCUUGCAAUACCUGUAUUGAAGCUGUAGAAUUUACAUGUAUGAAUUUAAUAAUAUGGCUUAUUACAUUGCUAGAAAUAAAAUAGCGUAGCUCUUGCAUUUUGCAAAUAUCAAACCAGUCAAACCACAACUUUGCCAGAACAAUGCAUAAGAAUCUGCUGUUAUUAUGCGGAUUAAAAAGUGCAUGCAUAUUUAACAAAA